CCAUGUUUGUUUGCUCCCUUCACGUAUUGUAGACCAUAUUCGACCAUGGCGGAACCUCUGGUACCUCUUCCGACGAUUGAAAAGCUCAGUAGUCGUGUCAUUCGUGUCCUAGGGGGUAAUCCAAGCAAGUUCACGCUUCAAGGCACGAAUACAUACAUCGUUGGUCAGGGCGCAAAACGAUUGCUCAUCGAUACCGGCGAGGGCAAGCCAGAAUGGAUAGCGUCGCUUAAGUCGGUACUGGACAACGAGAAGAUCGCUAUCGACAAAGUGAUCUUGACGCAUUGGCAUCAUGACCACGUCCAGGGGGUACCCGACCUCCUAGACCACUCGCUGAAUACCAAAGUGUACAAAAAUGAUCCACACGACGACUGGCUCGACAUAAGUGAUGGGCAGGCGUUUAGUACAGAAGGCGCAACAUUGCGAGCCUUGUCCUGUCCAGGCCAUACGACAGAUCACAUGGCCUUCAUCCUUGAAGAAGAGGAUGCCAUGUUCACAGGAGAUAAUGUGCUCGGACAAGGUACCGCUGUGUUUGAGGAUCUUGCAGCCUACAUGAGGAGUCUUGACAGCAUGUCAAAGCAAUUCAAGGGUCGCGCAUACCCAGGACAUGGCCCAGUCAUCGAUGACGGUCCAGCGAAAAUACUAGAGUACAUCAAGCACCGGAAGCAGCGAGAGAAGCAGGUGUUAGACGUCCUAGCCAAGGACAAGGAGGGCGGGUGGACGUCGAUGGAUAUUGUCAAAGUUAUCUACAAAGAUUAUCCCGAGAAUCUGUGGGAACCAGCAGAGAAGGGGGUACUUCAAAUACUUGACAAGCUGCAGAAGGAAGGAAAAGUCGCUUACGAUAAGGGGAAGGGGACGUGGUCAUUGAGUGGAAAGUCUAGCCUCUAGAUAACCAAUUAGAUGAUGCAAACUAGCAAGGCCU